AGCAAAUUAAAGAGCAAGGCGAUCUCGUGCGUCAGUUGAAGGGAGCCAAGGAGUCCAAGGAGAAGAGCGACGGCAGGAACCAGGAAGAGGAGCACCACACAUAAAAGAAUAGGAGGGAGGACAGGAUGCCGGAGACGCUGCCCGCAACGGCCACGGUGACAGCCUCGAGCAUCGACUGCACUGUCGCCGUGCUCAAGGUGCCGACGCCCACCAUGCAGAUGCCGCAGGUGUGCAACCUCCAGAGCCUGGGCCUCAUCAUGGAGCCCAACAACAUCAACAUCGAGCUGAAUCCCGCGGCCACUCCCACUUCCCCCGAGUUCAAGAUGAUGACUAUGGAUAUCACCAAAACAGAACCCGGACUCGUCGGGCUCUCAUCGAAUCAACAGCAGCAGCAGCAGCAGCAGCAGCAGCAGCAGCAGCAGCAGCAAUCCGGACAGCAGCAGCAGGCCGCCAGCAUGAACAGCAACAGUGGCAACAACGUGGGGCAGAAUGCCAACAACGGUUGCAACAGCAACGGCGGCGGGGUGAACAGCGGCAACGGCAAUGGCAACAACGGUGGCAACAACAACAGCAACAGCAAUGUCCAGAGCAUCGCCGCGGCGGCCAACAACAAUAACAACAACAACAAUGGGAGCCAGCUGUGCGCCGGCUGCGGCAAGCACAUCCAGGACCGUUACCUGCUACGCGCCCUGGACAUGCUGUGGCACGAGGACUGCCUCAAGUGCGGCUGCUGCGACUGUCGCCUGGGCGAAGUCGGGUCCACCCUCUACACGAAGGGCAACCUAAUGCUCUGCAAGCGUGAUUAUUUGAGAUUAUUUGGCAACACGGGCUACUGUGCCGCCUGCAGCAAGGUGAUCCCCGCCUUUGAGAUGGUGAUGCGCGCCCGCACCAAUGUCUACCAUUUGGAGUGCUUCGCCUGCCAGCAGUGCAACCAUCGAUUCUGCGUGGGCGAUCGGUUCUAUUUGUGCGAGAACAAGAUUCUCUGCGAGUACGACUACGAGGAGCGGCUGGUCUUCGCCUCGAUGGCCAAUCAUCCGAUGCUGAAGCGCCACGUCUCCUCGCUAGGUCAGGGCUCGCCCACUGGCGCCGCUGGGGCCCCGGGUGCCGCCGGCGGACUGCUCGGCGGAGGACCAGGCGUCGCCAACGGGGGUGUGGGCGUGGGCAUGGUCAACGGGCCGCGCACACCCGGCGACCACAACAACAACAAUGGACCCCAGACGCCCACCGGAGGCGGCUCUCCGUUUGCGGCCGCGGCAGCUGCCGCUGCUGCCGCCGCACACAUGAAGAACCAGCUAGGGGCGUCCAGCUAAAAUAAAGCCCUGGGCAUGGGCGGAGUUGGACCAGGUGUCGUCGGAGUAGGAGUUGGAUCUGGAUCUGGAUCAGGAGUGGGAGUGGGAGUGGGAGUCAGCGGAAUGGGCGUUGGUGCUGGCCAGCAGCAGUUCUAUGGCGUCACGGGCUUUGGUCUGCCCCACCAACAGCAGCAGCAGCAGCAACAGCAGCAGCAGCAGCAACAGCAGCAGCAUCAACAGCAGCAGCAGCUCAUGGGCUUGGGCCUAGGAGGAGGAGCGUCUGGAUCCAUUGGAGCAGCAGGAGGAGGAGCAGCAGCUGGAGGAGGCGUUGGUAGCAUGGGAAGCAGCUGCAAACGCUACCAAAGAAAGUUCUACAACCGCAACUGAAUCGAGAAGGGUAGAUUGUGGCUCGUCGCUCUUGGAUCGAGAGAGAGAGAGAGAGGGAGAGGGAGAGGGAGAGGGAGAGAGAGCGCGAGAUAUGAUGCCACAUGAUUACGGAUGAUGGAGUCGAUUUUCAAUCUUCGUUUGCUUUUGACUGAGUUCAAGUUUUAUAGUGUUAUAGUUUUAGUUUUUGGUUAAGUUGCCACGCAAAUCACUUGCUGAAUGUUGCACAUGUUGCAGGUGCAGGACUAAGUUUUCAUUUCCCUUUCGAAUGGGCAAAAAUUCGUUUCGUUUUAAGACCUGUAAAUAAUUUACUUGCAAGCUGUUGACUUUGGAGCGCGAUAGAUUUUUUUUAUUCUUAUUUUUAUUUUUAUUUGUCGAGUGUGUACCACUUCAUAUGGGUAUACUCGU